CUGCUUUCCAUUCUCCCUAGUUCUUCAACCAUUGCUCUCCUUGCUCUAUGUUUUUUUUUUUUUUUGCCCCAGGUCAGAGCUGUUGGGGAGUGGGCAAGGACAUCUAGCCACCCUCACUUCUGCCCUUUCCACCUCUAGGGGGGCCAUGGCCAGUGCAGAGUCCUCGUCGUUGAGAUCCCUGGGCCCUGACCCAGAUCCUGAUGGCAGUGAGGUGGAGCUGGACUGCUGGUUUAAUGAGGAUUUCAAGUUUAUCCUGCUGCCUGUGAGCUAUGCAGUUGUCUUUGUUCUGGGCCUGGGCCUCAAUGCUCCAACCCUCUGGCUCUUUCUCUUCCGUCUCCGACCCUGGGAUGCAACAGCUACCUACAUGUUCCACUUGGCAUUGUCAGACACCUUGUAUGUGCUGUCGCUGCCCACCCUCAUCUACUAUUAUGCAGCCCGCAACCACUGGCCCUUUGGCACUGGGCUCUGCAAGUUUGUCCGCUUUCUCUUCUAUUGGAACCUCUACUGCAGUGUCCUGUUCCUCACGUGCAUCAGUGUGCAUCGCUACCUGGGCAUCUGCCACCCGCUGAGGGCACUACGCUGGGGCCGCCCUCGCCUUGCAGGCCUUCUCUGCCUGGCAGUUUGGUUGGUUGUGGCUGGCUGCCUCGUGCCCAACCUGUUCUUUGUCACAACCAGUACCAGAGGGGCCACCAUCCUGUGCCAUGACACCACUCGGCCUGAGGAGUUUGACCACUAUGUGCACUUCAGCUCGGCAGUCAUGGGGCUUCUCUUUGGCUUGCCCUGCCUGGUCACUCUUGUCUGCUAUGGGCUCAUGGCUCGGCGCCUGUGUCAACCCUUGCCAGGGGCUGCCCAGUCGUCUUCUCGUCUCCGUUCUCUCCGCACCAUUGCUGUGGUGCUGACUGUCUUUGCUGUUUGCUUCGUGCCUUUCCACAUCACCCGCACCAUUUAUUACCUGGCAAGGUUGUUGGAAGCUGACUGCCGGGUGCUGAACAUUGUCAAUGUGGUCUAUAAAGUGACUCGGCCCCUGGCCAGUGCCAACAGUUGCCUGGAUCCUGUGCUCUACCUGCUCACUGGGGAUAAGUAUCGACGUCAGCUCCAGCAUCUCUGCCAUAGUGGCGGGCCCCAUCCUCCCACAACUGCCUCCUCUCUGGUGCUGGUGUCUCUGCCUGAGGAAAGCAACUGCAGGUAG